AAAGGAGCCGACGACGAGUUUACGCCGGAAGAGGACGUGAAGCUCAAGGAAAUGAAGGCCGAAAACAAGACCUGGGCGCAAAUCAUUGAGGUGCUAGGUCGCAACAAGGGCGUGCUUCAAUCUCGUUUCAAGCAAAUCCAGAAGAAUGACGGGGAAGGUGACGCAGGCGCGGCCAAGAAGGACGAAGGCCAGAAAGAAUCAAACCCCAAGGGCGACAAAGGCGGCGAGGGCAAGCAGGGCAAGCAGAAGAAGAAAGAGAAGAGCGAGGAGAAAAAAGAAGCGCCCAAGCCUCCUAGCAAAGCACCCUCUCACAAGCCACCGGUCAAAGCUCCAUCCAAAGCGCCGUCCAACAAAGCGGGCAAUGGAGAGGCUCGCUUCACUAUGGGAGAGUGGAUGACGUUACAAGAAGACGACCUGUUCAGUUUCGGGGAGCUGCAGUGCCUGUCGGAGUUGAUUAUGCGCGACGAGCAGCUGCGAUGGUUGAGGAUUGCGAGUGCUUUCGGCGACAAGACGGGCAGGCGCGUGCACCCUGAAGAUAUUCGGGAGAAGUUCGAGGAGAUGGGCCGUAUGGGCUGAUCUGGCUAUGAGAAUCAACGGCGCAGUGCGAAGCUGGGCCUUGGUGGGUGGGAAGACCUCGGGGAGGCAUUUCAGAAGACGCCACAGUCGAGACAACGUUUAUGAGUUCUUCACAGCCAGGGCAUACGAAUGAGGAUUAAUAGUAGUG